AUGGGCAAGAACGUGCGAGCCAACAGCAUGUUGGGAGGAGAGGCGGCGCCAAGCCCAUCGACCGAUGGAUGCUCGACGCUGUUGGCCGCCCGAUUUGCGCCAGGCCUUGCGCUCGCAUGCCCGGCAAGCUUGUCCCAAAACCAAGGCACCACCAAUGACAACACCCACCUGCAGCUUGGUGACGGGGAUGCCGGUCCACUUGGAGACCACGGCGGCCACCUGCUCGGGCCCAACCACAUCCGACAACAUGCUGUCGCCCGAGGCCGCGGCUUCCAGCUUGGCGCGCAGGGCCUCGCCCACUUCCUGCAGCGCGCCGUAGCGGAUGUCGGCCACCAUGGCCAGGUCCAUGCGCGCCUCGGCCUGCUCCAGCCGGAUGCUCAGCUCCUCCUUUUUCUUCUGCAGCGCCUUGAUCUCCUCCAGCCGCGCCUUUUCCUGGUGAGUUGUUGUGUGUGGUGGGGGGGUUGUUGGUGA